AUGAUCCUUAACCUGUUUAACAAUAUAGAGAUCCAUAACAUCUGUAACAAUACAGGGAUCCUUAACCUGUGUCACAAUAUAGAGAUCCAUAACAUCUGUAACAAUACAGGGACCCUUAACCUGUGUAACAAUAUAGAGAUCCAUAACAUCUGUAACAAUACAGGGAUCCUUAACCUGUGUAACAAUAUAGAGAUCCUUAACAUCUGUAACAAUACAGGGAUCCUUAACCUGUGUAACAAUAUAGAGAUCCUUAACAUCUGUAACAAUACAGGGAUCCUUAACCUGUGUAACAAUAUAGAGAUCCUUAACCGCUGUAACAAUACAGUGAUCCUUAACCUCUGUAACAAUAUAGAGAUCCAUAACAUCUGUAACAAUAUAGGGAUCCUUAACCUGUGUACCAAUAUAGAGAUCCUUAACAUCUGUAACAAUAUAGGGAUCCUUAACCUGUGUAACAAUAUAGAGAUCCCUAACCGCUGUAACAAUACAGGGAUCCUUAACCUGUGUAACAAUAUAGAGAUCCUUAACAUCUGUAACAACAUAGGGAUCCUUAACCUGUGUAACAAUACAGAGAUCCCUAACCGCUGUAACAAUACAGAGAUUCUUAACCGCUGUAACAAUACAGUUAUCCUAAACCUCUGUUACAAUACAGAGAUCCCUAACCGCUGUAACAAUACAGGGAUCCUUAACCUGUGUAACAAUGUAGGGAUCCUUAAUCUGUGGAUCCUUAACCUGUGUAACAAUAUAGAGAUCCUUAACAUCUGUAACAACAUAGGGAUCCUUAACCUGUGUAACAAUAUAGAGAUCCUUAACAUCUGUAAAAAUAUAGGGAUCCUUAACCUGUGUAACAAUAUAGAGAUCCUUAACCUCUGUAACAAUACAGUGAUCCCUCACCUCCGUAACAAUACAGAGAUCCCUAACCGCUGUAACAAUACAGGGAUCCUUAACCUGUGUAACAAUAUAGAGAUCCAUAACAUCUGUAACAAUAUAGGGAUCCUUAACCUGUGUACCAAUAUAGAGAUCCUUAACAUCUGUAACAAUAUAGGGAUCCUUAACCUGUGUAACAAUAUAGAGAUCCUUAACAUCUGUAACAAUAUAGGGAUCCUUAACCUGUGUAACAAUAUAGAGAUCCUUAACCUCUGUAACAAUACAGUGAUCCCUCACCUCCGUAACAAUACAGAGAUCCCUAACCGCUGUAACAAUACAGUGAUCCUUAACCUCUGUAACGAUAUAGAGAUCCAUAACAUCUGUAACAAUAUAGGGAUCCCUAACCUGUGUAACAAUAUAGAGAUCCUUAACAUCUGUAACAAUAUAGGGAUCCUUAACCUAUGUAACAAUAUAGAGAUCCCUAACCGCUGUAACAAUACAGGGAUCCUUAACCUUUGUAACAAUAUAGAGAUCCUUAACAUCUGUAACAAUACAGGGAUCCUUAACAUGUGUAACAAUAUAGAGAUCCUUAACAUCUGUAACAAUAUAGGGAUCCUUAACCUUUGUAACAAUAUAGAGAUCCAUAACAUCUGUAACAAUACAGUGAUCAUUCACCUCCGUAACAAUACAGAGAUCCCUAACUGCUGUAACAAUACAGGGAUCCUUAACCUGUGUAACAAUAUAGAGAUCCUUAACAUCUGUAACAAUACAGGGAUCCUUAACCUGUGUAACAAUAUAGAGAUCCUUAACUGCUGUAACAAUACAGGGAUCCUUAACCUGUGUAACAAUAUAGAGAUCCUUAACAUCUGUAACAAUACAGGGAUCCUUAACCUGUGUAACAAUAUAGAGAUCCAUAACAUCUGUAACAAUACAGUGAUCCUUAACCUGUGUAACAAUAUAGAGAUCCAUAACAUCUGUAACAAUACAGGGAUCCUUCGCCUCCAUAACAAUACAGAGAUCCUUCAGUGUCCUAGACUAAUAAAGACCCACCAAUCCUUCCACCCAUCAACAAUAGACGCAAUGUACGGUCUGACUGUCAAUAAUGCACAUGAAAAUUGA